AUGAGUUUUGAGUGGCUCUACGGCUGCACCGCCGUCGCUGCUCCCUCCCAUCCCGCCGCCGCCUCUCCUUCCCUUUCCGUCGUCGCCUCUUCCUCCUCCCCGCCGUCGCCUCUCCUUCCCUCCCCGCCGUCGCCUCUCCCUCAUCUCCGCCGUCGCCUCUCCCUCCUCCCCGCCGUCGCCUCUCUUUCCCUCCCCGCCGUCGCCUCUCCCUCAUCUCCGCCGUCGCCUCUCACUCCUCCCCGCCGUCGCCUCUCCCUCCUCCCCGCCGUCGCCUCUCCCUCCUCCCCGCCGUCGCCUCUCCCUCCCUCCCGCCGUCCCCUCUCCCUCCUCCCUGCCAUCGCCUCUCCCUCCUCCCUGCCGUCGCCUCUGGCGACAGGUGCACGAGCGCAAGCGCAAGUUGGUGCGCGAGCUCGGGUGGGUGCGCGAGCGCUGUUUGGUGCGCGAGCGCGGGUUGGUGUGUGA